AUGGGACAGUUAAGUUAUGAUAUUGAGAAAGUGUAUAAAGAAUUUGUUACGAUCAGUAACUAUUUUGAUGAGGAUAAUGUAUCUAACUUAAUUAAUAAUCCUAAUGCACCAAUCCACAAUUAUUGUCAUUACGAGAGUAACUCAGGAGAUGGUAAAUGUAAUGAUUAUUUUCAAAUGGCUAGUUCUGGUGUUAUUCAUUUUCUAAAUAAUUUAAAGAAUACGAAUGGUUUAGAUUAUGAUAAACUUGCCGAAUACGCUAUUUUAUGGUUAAGUUAUAAACUAAAUAUAAAUUCACAAAGUAGUAGCAUCAAAUUAAAUGAUUUUUAUACUCAAUAUAUAGAAACAAAUAAUGAUUAUAAUAAGAAUCUAAAUGAUAGUGAUAGUAUGACUUAUAAGGCAAUUAUAGAUAAAAAAAAAAAUUUGAUGGAUAUUAAAGAAAUAUCUAAAUUUAAUGACCUAUUUAGUAUAUUAUAUUAUUUGUAUUAUGUAAUUCGUGAUGAAGAUUGGAAUUGCAAAGAAAAUUUGGAAUUAGCUAAUAAAUUUUAUAAUCAAUUUAAAGAACUCAAUAAUGAUUCUAAUAAUAUAGAAGACAGUUCAUAUAAUAAAUUGUUAUCUACAUUAUCAAAUGAUUAUAAUAAUUUAAAAAAAACAUGUGAUUAUAAUAGAUGUACCAAUUUUCCACCUCUUCCAAAAAUAGAAGCUAAAAAAAGUUCUGCACAAAAUUCUGUAGUAAAUCCUGUAGAUAAAUCUGUAAAAGGUUCUGAACAACUAUUGGGGCAGACUCCUGAAGCUACAUCAUCAAGUUCGUCGAUAUUAAACACAGUAAUUCCAGGUUUAUCGAUAUUUGCAAUACCGGUUUUCUUGGGAGUUGCUUAUAAGUAUUCAUUAUUUGGAAUUGAUAAACUAUUUCAAAGACAAUAUAUAAGAAAACAAUUAAAAAAAAUAAAGAAGAAAAUGAAACUUAAUAUAUGA